AGCUGCAAGUGUUUCCUGUGCAGUGAAGUAAAAAUGGCGAUUCCCAUGGAACUGAGCUGCUGGGGAGGAGACUGGGGUUUGCCUUCUAUUCACACUGACUCUCUAAUUGUCAUGGCAUAUGCCAAAUUUUCUGGGGCUGAGCUGAAAAUCCAGACUAUUGAUUGGACGUGGAAGACAUUAAGAGGGACUGUACCAGCAUUGAACUUGGAAGAUGCCGUCGUGACCAAACCUGUACACAUUGUGAACUAUUUAAGGAAACAGAAAUACAACGUUGAUUACGACUUAACAGCUAAACAGGGAGCCGACACUCUGGCCUAUAUUGCACUACUGGAGGAGAAGCUGCACCCAGCCCUGCUGCACACUUUCUGGGUUGAUGCUGAAAACUACUCCAAUGUAACCAGACCAUGGUUUGCUUCCAGAACCCCGUUUCCAUUGAACUUUUACCUGCCGUGUAGGCAAUCCAGUGCAGCACUAAACCGGAUUCUUCUAACCAAAGGGGAACCUCCAUUGCACAGCAUCACUGAAGUCGAGACUAAGAUUUACAGUGAUGCCAAGGAGUGCCUAAAUCUUCUAUCGCACAGACUGGGGACAUCACAGUACUUCUUUGGGAACAAGCCUACCAGCCUGGAUGCCUUUGUGUUUGGAUUUCUUGCACCACUGCAUAAAGCACAUCUGCCCAGUGGGCAGCUUCAGCAGCACCUCAAACAGCUCCCCAGCCUGGCUCACUUCUGUGACAAUAUUAUCAGCACUUACUUCGUACUGAACGACUCGGGCUUGUCUCCCACUGGCCAGGACACAGUAGAUGCAAAUCUGCAGAAACUGACACAGCUUGUAAAUAAGGAGUCCAACUUGAUAGAAAAGAUGGAUGACAAUCUCUUCAUCAGCCCUCAGCACAGACCAAGACGGUUGACUAAUUUGAAAGCCUCCCAUGUAGCCGAGGAAAGCAUCUCCUCAACACCUGCCUGACUGUGAACAGCUCUGCCUUUGCUUCAGGAUUCGGAGGAUAGAAUAUCAAUGCAGCCUCGGACCUGAGGAAGCAUGAUUGUAGAUCCCAACACCCUGAUCUCAGCAGAGAGGGCUCGCCCUGAACUCGAUCCUACUGGGGGAAGCCUGGCAGCUCAAAACAAACAGCAGUCUAAAUCAAACUAGUUUUUCAGAUAUCUCUGUACAGCAUGCUUCAAAGAUCAACUUAAUAUAACAUAAAAGCAGAUGUGUAGCUUUGUUUUACUGGUCUGGAUCAGAGAUAGUUAAAGAGUUUGAUCCAGAGGCUGACUCUAUACACUGCGUGUAGGAACAUUUUUGUAGUUUCACAGAUGUUUUAAAAUCUGUUACUUUAAUCAAAGCUUCAAUUAUUUUCAUAGCAUAACUAUUUAAAAUGAAUGUAUGGAGCCAAGUGAUAUGUUUCUGGGAUCCACACAUUUCCCACACAUUUUUGUUGUUUAAAAAGUUUUUGUCCUGUCUUAUUUUGUUCUCCUUGCAGCCCAAUUUCUAGCCUCAACACACACGGGUUCAGGAACCUCUCUCCUCAGUUAGCUUGAUCCUGAGUCUGCAGUUUUCCACACCGGCGCCCGGUACAUUGGGUGGGUCUGUCCAUUUUCAGCCAUCAUGGAUGUUUUUCAAGACGGCCGAUGGACCAUUUUGCACACGUUCAGGUUGGCUGAUGGACCAUUUUGCACAUGUUCAGGUUGGCUGAUGGACCAUUUUGCACGCAGCACAUUUCUGGCACGAUGGAAUGUGUAGCUCAUUAGUUUUAUUCUGUGUCAUUGAAGGCGUUCUGUAUGAAGGAGUCAGGAAGCUGUUUGUUGCUUUUCAGGUAACUUGAAAGAAAGAUUUGAUUAUGCUACACAAAUCGGGAUAAGGAAGUGCCUUGGAUGUUUCCAUGGAUAUUCUGCCGUCAUUGUCAGAAAGUGAAGACUUUAUUAUUUAAUUAAGCAACUCUGGGGAGUAUCUUGCACUGGAAUUCACCCUCCUGUCACUAAUGUUUCAACCACAAUAUGGAAUCCACAAAGUGAUGCUGAUUUCUAAAAUCUACUUUUUUGUUUAACAAACUGGAGAGGUAUACGGAACCCUCGAACUGAAGUAUUAGGCACUGCUAGGCUCAUAAAGGUUUGUAAGAACUGGAUUAUUCAAGCAAAAUGUGUUAAGUGUUCAACAAAUUCAAAUUAAAACUGUAUGAUUCUCAACUCCACAAAAUAUAUUUACAUCAAACUACUAUAGGGCAAAGUUAUCUAUUUAGUUUGGAGGGGGGAGGGGGUACCAGUAUAUUUUUUUUACCCUACAGAAUUAUUUUAGCAUUAGUUGAAUUAACUAAUUUACCUCAGAACUAGAAUGUACUGCAAAUGAAUGAAUAGAUCACACUAUUCUUUUAAUUUAGGAGUAGGGCUGUUUGAAUUUCAAGUAAUAGUCAUUAUUAAUACAUCAUCUUUACUACAGAUUGGAAUGUAAAGCAUACUGUAUGUACAUUGGCUGUAUGAUUUGAUCUACAUUAGAUACAGAAAAACGCUUGACCUUACUCUGAAUGGAACUGUUAUUGUUAGAUCAAUUGAUCAUUUUAGAUUACAUAUCUAUAUAUUAGUAACCCAUCCAUUGUUGCAUGUUUAAACACUGUAUCUUCUUAGAAUUACUUUUUCAUUUUCACUAAUGUUUGGUUAGCUUAUGAAAAUAUGUGGCCCUGAAAAGUAAAAACAUAUUUCUGGUGCUGAAGUCAUGAACACUGAUUGUGCAAAGCAGCUUCAUAUUCAUAAUCAUGAACGCUGAUUGUGCAAAGCAACUUCAUAUUCAUAAUCAUGAACGCUGUUUGUACAAAGCAGCUCCAUAUUCAUAAUCAUGAACGCUGAUUGUGCAAAGCAGCUUCAUAUUCAUAAUCAUGAACGCUGUUUGUACAAAGCAGCUCCAUAUUUAUAAUCAUGAACGCUGAUUGUGCAAAGCAACUUCAUAUUCAUAAUCAUGAACACUGAUUGUACAAAGCAACUUCAUAUUUAUAAUCAUGAACGCUGAUUGUGCAAAGCAACUUCAUAAUCAUGAACACUGAGUGUACAAAGCAACUUCAUAUUUAUAAUCAUGAAUGCUGAUUGUGCAAAGCAACUUCAUAUUUAUAAUCAUGAACGCUGAUUGUGCAAAGCAACUUCAUAUUCAUAAUCAUGAACACUGAGUGUACAAAGCAGCUCCAUAUUCAUAAUCAUGAACGCUGAUUGUGCAAAGCAGCUCCUUAUUCAUAAUCGUGAACAGUGAUUGUGCAUAUUGAACUCUGCUAUGAAGCCCUAUGUUUUAAUUAAGAGAUUAGAAAUGUUACAUUUAGUGUUGAGUUAUCUUGAGAGCAGUCUACUAAUCCUUGUACUUUUUUUGAGUGUCUAUAGCAUUGGCAAUAGCAGUCUAUGGGAUUAGCCAAUAGACUGACAACCAAGCUGUGUGCCACAAAGUCUACUUGCCUGGUAUUUUGUCUACUCUUUGGAGAGCAUUAAACUUCUCUUAAAAAUGCUACACGUUGCCCAUUACUGUAGAAUGAUCUUUGUACUGUAUGUGUGUGUAUAUUUAGGAUGACCGUACCAAGCGGAGUCAUUUAAAAUAUUUUAUUCCCUACUGUUGCUUAAGGUGUUAUGCAGACUUUUUGACAUUCCCCUGUGCCUAAGGAAAUGAUAACAGAUGGUUUACUCAAAAGCUUAGCAAAGUAUAGUUGAGGUAUUUACAGUAGCUAUCCUCGUCCUUAAACUAGCACAUGCACUGAAACAAAUGCUCAAUUUGAGUUCUCCUUUUUUUGACAUUAUUCUGUUCUCUGCCUUGUCUUCCCCAAUCUUAACCCUCUGUUUCAUGCUAAUGUUGAAGCAUUCAAGAAUAAUUUAAGAAAUAGUUUAGAUUAAACAAAGUCCCAGUCGUCGUGCACUCUUUCCUUCUGAAGGGAGAUAUGUAUGUAGUGGUACAUCUUAUUACUACUAGCCAGAAAUAUAGUAUGAUUAUGUAAUGAAUGUGCUUCUUGCUGCCUUAUGAAUGAUCACGGUGUGAUUUAGCCAUUGAGCAGUUUGUGUUCUUCAGCAAUUCAUGCAUUUCAUAUCCUGUGGUUGCAUGUACAAAUUUUGUUUUAGUUACGUGUGUGUGUGUGUGUGUGUGUGUUGGUUCCUCACUCAAUAAUAGUAAUAAUACUAAUAAUCUCGUACUUGAAUAAUAAUAAUAGUAAAUCGUUAUUAUUGGGUUUGAACGAUUAUUGUUUUCCUUUGUUAGCAGUUAUGUCUGUGUUAAUAGAGAGGUUUUGGGAUUGUACAUAUUUGAGGUCUGAACCCUUUUACAGGAAGUGCAUUGUGGUUUGCUGAAAGGCUAGUCUCCGAUACAUCAGGUGUUUUUUAGCCAGGUUCUGAGCACGUGCUUCUGUUCCUCUUGCUGUUUUUCUAAAUGUGUUGGGGAGGAAUUGUGUCCUGUAUGUAGUAAAACGUGUUUCAGUCUAUGGAAUGCGUUGAAUUCUGUCAAUAAAGAGCAAGACAAGGUGAAGAAGAACUUCUGCUCUUAAAAUGUUUAAUGCUUUACUUAACAAACAAAUAACUUCCUAUGCACUUUGUGUGUGACUGACUAACCUGUA